CCCAGACUCUUUUUGGUAGCCGCUGUUCUCUGACGUCCGCCAUUAUUGAUAUUUGGGGUAGAUUCCGGUUACUAUCAGGUGAAUCAUAGGCCAUCUCGUCCUUUAUGUAGCUGCUCUUGAGAAAUAUGGCAUCCAGAAGGAAUCAUCUGUUAUUUCUGUUUAUUAUUUUGAGCUUGGAGGCUAUCACAGGGGAUGAACAUACGCAUAAAUAUGAUGAUGGGGAGGAGGUAGUGCUUUGGAUGAACACAGUUGGUCCAUACCACAACAGACAGGAAACAUACACAUAUUUCUCGCUUCCAUUUUGUAAAGGAACCAAGAAGGACAUCAGUCAUUAUCAUGAGACACUGGGUGAAGCAAUUCAAGGAGUUGAGCUUGAUUUCAGUGGAAUUGAUAUUUCUUUUAAAGUCAAUGUACCACAAUUAGAGUAUUGUACUUUGGACCUGAGUCAGGAUAAUCAUGAUGCAUUGGUGUAUGCUGUAAAGAAUCAUUAUUGGUAUCAAAUGUAUAUAGAUGAUUUGCCAAUUUGGGGAAUUGUUGGGGAAAUUGGUGAAAGUAAAGAUGAGUUCUAUAUUUGGACACACAAGAAGCUUGAUAUUGCCUACAAUGGCUACCAGAUUGUAGAUGUGAGCUUAACAAGUGAAUCCAAAGCAAAACUUGUUCCUAACUCAAAACUAAGCUUCACUUAUGAGGUAAAGUGGACAGAAUCCAAGACACCUUUUGAAAAGAGAUAUGAAAAAUACCUUGAUCCCAGUUUCUUCCAGCACCGAAUCCAUUGGUUUUCAAUCUUUAAUUCCUUUAUGAUGGUAAUUUUCCUGGUUGGUCUUGUCUCCAUGAUUCUGAUGAGAACUUUGAGGAAAGAUUAUGCAAGAUACAGCAAAGAUGAUGAUCUUGAUGACAUGGAAAGAGACCUCGGAGAUGAAUAUGGAUGGAAGCAGGUUCAUGGAGAUGUGUUCAGGCCUGCCUCGCAUCGAGUGAUGUUCACUAGCUUAAUUGGCACAGGAUAUCACCUCUCUAGUGUUGCUGCCUUUGUCAUCAUGUUCACCAUCAUGGGAGACCUGUAUACCACGCGUGGAUCCAUUCUUAGCACUACAAUAUUUGUCUAUGCAGCAACAGCCCCGGUUAAUGGAUUUAUGGGAGGCAGUCUUUACGCCAGGCAAGGAGGGAGACAAUGGAUAAAACAAAUGGUGCUGAGUGCUGUUUUGUUCCCUCUCCUGGUUUGCGGCACAGCUUUUAUGAUUAAUUUCAUUGCCAUUUAUUAUCAUGCAUCUAGAGCCAUCCCAUUUGCUACAAUGGUUGCUGUAACAAGCAUUGUCAUCUUUGUGAUUCUGCCAUUAACCUUGGUGGGAACUGUGUUGGGGAGAAAUUUGUAUGGUGCUCCAAAUGUUCCUUGUAGAGUGAACACAGUUCCCAGACCUAUUCCAGAGAAGAAAUGGUUCAUGGAGCCUCUGGUGAUCAUAAUUCUUGGGGGAGUUUUACCAUUUGGAUCAAUAUUCAUUGAAAUGUACUUCAUAUUUACGUCCUUCUGGGCAUACAAGAUUUACUACGUGUUUGGAUUUAUGUUUCUGGUGUUUGUGAUUCUGGCCAUUGUAACAGUCUGUGUUACUAUCGUGUGCACUUAUUUCCUUUUAAACGCUGAAGAUUACAGAUGGCAGUGGACAGCGUUUUUGUCCGCUGCCUCCACGGCUGGUUACGUUUACCUUUACUCGUUAUAUUACUUCUUCUUCAAGACCAAAAUGUACGGCUUAUUCCAGACAACGUUUUACUUUGGUUACAUGGCUCUCUUCAGUAUUGGUCUCGGGAUCAUGUGCGGCACAUUUGGGUAUGCCGGGGCAAGUGCUUUCGUCAAGAAGAUUUAUUCUACGGUAAAAAUAGAUUGACGAGAAGGAAACCUAUCAGAAAUGUCGCUCUUGGUCCGAUGGCUGUUUUUAAAACAAUACCGAACAAUAAUCUUUGUAUUUAUAGGUAUAAAAAAGUUUCGUGCGUAUGUUGAAACGCGUCGAGCAAAGAGAUACUAUCGCUCCGUUCUCAAAUUUCCUUUAAAACUGCGCAUGAUAGGAAUUGUUCAACUUGAACUAGUGCUAGACUUCCUUGAAGUUGUUCAAACCUUCCUUGAGCAGACAUUCUCGGAACAGGAUGACUUUGUGGUUUAAGACUUAAAAGGGUACACAGCUGGGUGUGGGUCGUUAAGACAACUGAAAAACACUGGAAACCUGUAAUAAGUCAACAGAAUGGGGAAAUCAGUCCAUCAGUUUCAUAUAUGAAGAAACAGCGAAAUUCAUCUAUUUUGCCAGGCAAAUGGGGUUGACAACAUUUUUUUGUUUUAUUGGUGCAUUUUAAAAUAGACUUAUAGAGGUAAACCUAUUCCCAUAACGAGUCGAACCCUCAAGGAAGGUUCGCUUGUAGAGUUCGUCCAAGGGGGUCCACUAGCGUCAGGCUAGAGUCAGACAACAUUAACACUUGGCACAUGACGACUUAAAAGGUAAUCUUAGCAGUGUGCACGUGGCGACACAAUUUUCCUUCAGUUUUUAACGAAUGGUAAACACCACAGCGUAUGCUAUUGAGUUAUGGAUGCACGCGGGAGGUUG